AUGGCAGCAGCUCUGGAUAACCUCAGAGGAGGAGGUGUGAUUUUUGGACCUUCUGGCAUUAGUUUUGAUGAAGAAGAUGAGGAGGACUCUCCUGCAGUUUUACUGAGUGUUUUGGUCCAGCAUGGGCAGGUGGGCCUCUGCUUCUAUGACAGUCAGGACUCAUCUUUACACUACAUGCCGGACACGCCUGACAACCAAGAGCUCCACCUACUGGUCAGAGUCAUUCAGGAGGUUAGUCCCCAUGUAAUUAUCACCAGUGCAAAGCAGGAGCGCUCCAUGACUCUCUUUUUGCAACAGCUAGGUUCAAACCCACACUACAGACCAGAGGUGGUCACGUAUCCAUAUGUCGACUUUGGUCUGGAGGUCAGUAAGCAAAGGUUGCUCUCUGCCCAUCUGCCUUUCCUCCCUGCCUGCAUUUCUGAGAGAGACAAACUGUCCUACCUCUCCUCCUGUAUCUCCUUUGACUCGUCCCUGAUGCUGAGGGCAGUGGGUGCCCUGCUGAAAUGUCUGGACAGGAGGAGAGUGGGAGUGGAGCUGGAAGACAGCAGUGUUGGAGUACCCAUCCUGCAGUUUCACGCCUACACACUUAAAGGAAUGGUGUACAUUGACCGAGACACAUACAGUGUUCUGCAGAUCUUCAAAUCAGAACUCCACCCAUCAGUCUACAAGCUGCAUUCAGGAGAAAAGGAGGGACUCAGUCUCUAUGGGAUCCUGAACCGCUGCAAGUGCAAGUUUGGCUCCAAACUGCUACGUCAGUGGUUUCUGCAGCCUACUCAGGACCUGAAAGUGUUAAAAAGGAGGCAGGAAGUGAUACGUUUCUUCACGUCUCCUCAGAACUCGGACUCCCUGAGAACCCUGCAGUCAUCGCUACGCAACAUCCGAAACAUACCUACUCUUCUAAGGCGGAUGACGCUCUCUCUCACCAAAGUUACUGACUGGCAGAGCCUGUACAAGACGGUGUACAGUGCAGUGUGUAUCAGGGACACAGCGCGUCACCUGCCUCAGUCCAUUCAGCUGUUUCGUGAUAUCAGUGAAGGGUUCUCUGAUGAUCUCAACUAUAUCACCUCCCUCAUCAGCAGAGUUGUGGAUUUUGAAGCCAGCUUGGCAGACAACCGCUUCACAGUCAAACCGAAUGUGGAUCCUGCCAUUGAUGAGAAGAAGAGGAGGAUGAUGGGGCUCUCUGACUUCCUGACAGAUGUUGCCAGAAGAGAACUUGAACACCUGGAUGCUCGAAUCCCAUCCUGCUGUGUCAUCUACAUCCCUGUGAUUGGAUUCCUGCUGUCUGUGCCUCGACUGCCUAGUAUGGUAGAGAAAAAGGAUUUUGAGAUGGAGGGACUUGAUUUUUUGGUAUGUUUUCUUUCAGACGACCGGCUCCACUACCGCAGCCAGAGAACCAGGGAGCUCAACGAGUUCCUCGGAGACUUGCACUGCGACAUUAGAGACAUGGAGAUGGCAGUCAUGGCACAUUUGCAGAGCGCAGUCCUUGAAAGGAGCGAUUCCCUCUGUAAGGUUCUUGAUCUUGCUGCUGAGCUGGACUGUCUGAUGGCCAUGAGCAGCGCCUCCCAGGAGUACAAUUAUACCUCGCCUAAGCUAGCCAGCAACAGGAAGAUAACGAUCACACAGGGCAGGCACCCGCUGUUGGAGGUGUGCUCUCCUGUGUUUGUGGCCAACUCCUUCCACAGCUCUGAGUCGGAGGGCAGAGUCAAAAUAAUCACCGGACCCAACUCAUCCGGAAAGAGCAUCUACCUCAAACAGGUGGGUCUGAUUGUAUUCAUGGCUCUGAUUGGCUCAGACGUGCCUGCAAAGGAGGCAGAGAUUGGUCUAGUGGACGGCAUCUUUACGUGCAUGCAGAGCAGAGAGUCCGUGUCUGUGGGCCUUAGCACCUUCAUGAUAGACCUCAACCAGAUGGCACAGGCUCUUAACAGCAGUACUGUCAACUCGUUAGUCCUCAUCGAUGAAUUCGGAAAAGGAACUAACACAGUGGACGGACUGUCCUUGCUGACUGCAUCGAUCUCUUACUGGCUGAGGAAGGCCCUGGGAGAAGUUCCUCACGUUCUGGUGGCUACUAACUUCCACAGUGUGGUGCAGCUGAGUUUGUUACCAUCCUCGGCCCUGCUGUCUCUUCUGACCCUAGAGACAGCAGUGGACGGAGAUGAGUUGGUGUUUUUGUACCAACUAAAGGAAGGGAUCUGCCAGUCCAGCUAUGCUGCCAACAUUGCUACACUGGCGGGCCUGCCAACUUCCCUUGUACAGAGAGCAGUGGAGGUGUCUGAGCUGUACAGGGCAGGAAGGCCCAUCAAACGGACUGAAAAAGCAUCCUUGGAAGAAGAGACAAAGAGGUGCCAGUUUGUUGUGGAGAAGUUCCUUAGCUUGAACCUGGAGGACAAAGAUUUGGAUGUGCAGAGGUUCUUGAAGGAAGAGCUCCUGCCCUCUGCUGGAAAUCUGCUAAACCGCAGCUGAAU